AUGAUGGAAGAUCGUAUAAGAAACUUGGAGCUGGAGAAUUCCCGUUUGCGCGAAAGAAUCAAGGAAAUGGAAGAACUGGAAGUAGUCAAAGGUGAAAUGGAUGUUGUGAAGGGGCGUAACCAUGAGCUGGAGAGCGAACUGCGGCUUGUAAAUAAGAAAAAAGUGGAUUUGGAGGCAAAAGUUGAAGAGCUUGAACGCUCUAUAGAGACUGCAGCUGCUUCUUCAUCCGGAGACGUCACUGAGGUCAAACUGAGGUCUGAGAAGAUGUCUAUAGAAAUCGAUCAGUGGAAACAGAAAGCAGAAAUGUCAGAAAAACGAGCAGCGGAAGCGCUUGAUGCGCAGCUAUUGGCACAAGGCGAGUUCUCACUCUGUUUGAUUGCGGUUAUUAACUGCCAUUGCAUUUUGGAACGCCAUGCAACGGUUUUUUGCAAGAAAAGAAAUGAUUUUUUCAUUAGGGUGAAGUUGAAAUAUUCAGAUAACUACCUUCUAGUUUCAAUUUUUCAUUCUUUUGUUUGCGACUCACUUAUGUUUACACUUUUCAUUUUAUUUAAGAGAAUCUUCUUCUGGUAAAU